UUUCUGAAACAUCUACUAAGAAUACUCUUGGUUCCAGUGAAGUACCAGUAGUAGCUAUACUAAUUCAAGGUGGAUAUGACUGUGUUCGAUUUGUACUGGAUCAUCUCAAAAAACAAUUUCCUGUAGUUAUCAUCAGGGGUAGUGGAGGCCUGGCUGAAUUGCUAGCUUAUGCUUACUCUGAGUUCAAACAUCGGGCUCAGAGUAGAUGGGAUGUAGAAUUUGUAGAAAACUUUCUUAAACCAGAACUUUCCAACAAGAUAGUAUACCACUUUCCAAAGCUAAGAGAAAACAGCCUAGCUCGGAACAUGUUCAGGGACAGGAUUCUGGAAUGCGUUCGCUAUGCACAGCAGCAGCAACAGAUAUAUCUGACAGUGUUGAAUAUUCACAGUCAUACGUGCAAUCUGAAAAACCUGGAUCAAUACAUACUUCAGGCACUUUUCAAAUCUCAGAAACCAGAGAACAACAACUGGCAUGAACAGAUGCAGAAAGAUCUGUUACUCACGUUGGACUGGAACAAUCCACGUGUAGCUUUGACAGAGGUCUUUCGUAAAGACCCUUCUAAUAAAUUCAAGGCAGGUCUAGAAAAAUCUGGUAUUUUGCCUGAAAAGGUUGAGGAAUAA